GCGGCCUCCACACUAGCGUCGUUUCACCUCUUGAUUAGAUUCAUCCAUUCGAUUCGUUCUGCGACUUCCACCGUCUGUCUAACCUUUCCCUUCCCUUCUUCCCUAUUACCAGUCCAUCUAUCCGCUUGGAUUUCCCAUGGCUGCCGCCGUUUCUGCGCCUCCCAUCGUACCGGAUGCGAAGCCCUCUCAAGACCUAGACCAAGACCAAGGGGACCCAUCAAAUCCCUCCCGCACCACCAAUCACCCACCUGAGGCUGACCCUACUCCUCCGCAUUCCCCAAAAUCAGAACCCCUUUCACUUACAUCCCUGUCUCCUCCGUCUUUUUUCGAUUCAAUCGCCGAACUCAAAGACAUCUCCGACGCCAUCGCCGCCUUUCAUCACACGUACGAGGACCUCCGCAAUCACCUCGACUCCAUAAAGGACUCUAUCGUGUCGUUACUACCCCACGAGACUCCGGCGAUUGCCCCGUCGUCGUCUGCAAACACACCUCUGGUUCCUGAGGAAAAAGCGCUGCAGAAACAAUCGGAGCAAUAUUUCCGAAAUCCUGACCUCGAAGACCUAUGUAAAACGAUGUGCAGCCGCGGCGUCCGGAAACAUCUGGUUACGCAUCUCUCCAAUCUCCCCAAACUGCGGGAGGAAGUUCCCAAGGCGUUGAGACUGGCGCCAAACCCUCCGAAGAUAGUUCUCGAAUGUUUGGGUAAAUUCUUCUUGCAGGGAAGUAAGGCGUUUACCAGGGAUUCCCCUAUGAUUCCUGCUCGGGAGGCAUCAAUUUUGAUAUUGGAGUGCUUUCUUCUGAUGAUGGGAAUUGAUGCCGACGCCGCCGAAUCAAUAUGUAUUGAGAAGGAAAUACAGGAGGAGGCAGCGGAUGCAGCAUUGGCAUGGCGGAAGCGGUUGCUAAUGGAAGGAGGUUUAGCUCAGGCUAGCGUGAUUGAUGGUCGGGGGCUGUUGUUUUUUGUUGCUUGUUUUGGGAUCCCAUCUUCAUUUAAGAGGGAGGAUAUUCGUGACCUGUUGGUAGCCGCCAAUUCAGAGAAGGAGGAGGUUGUCACUUUGUUGAAGAAAUCUCCCUUGCUAAUGAACAAACUUCCAGAAAUCUUAGAGGGUAUGAUACAGAAUAAAAUGGAAGUAGAUGCAGUAGACCUUGCAUAUACAUUUGGACUUACCGAGAAGUUCAAUCCUCAAACAAUUCUAACUACAUUGCUCCGUGAAUCUAAAGAAGCUGGAAAAAAGCCGAAAAAGGUACCACAGGCUUCAGCUGCUACAAAUAAUGAAGCAAAUAAAAAGCACUUGGCUGCUCUGAAGUCUAUCACGAAGUGUUUGGAAAGACACAAUCUUGAUCCUGCAAAGAUCCUUCCGGGAUGGCAGAUAAACGAGAAACUUACAAGCUUAGAAAAAGAAAUCGCCGAAUCCGACAAGAAAACAGGAGAGCAAACAGCGAUUAAACGCAAAGCAUCUGAUCCCGAGCCAUCAAAGAAGCUAAAAAACCAAGAAGCGAAGCGCGCCCGGUACACUACGCCCGGUCCAAAACGACACAAGCCUAUCGGUCAUAACGAUAACAGAAGGAAUUUUACCGAUAACAUCCACGCCAAGACGUAUUCUGCUCCCCCCACUGUCAUCUAUGGAGGCCCCGGCGCAGUUUUCCCACACGGUCUAUCAGCAGCAAACCACGGCAUUCAUCAAGGGGUAGUCGUGGAUGCAUCUCCGGCACCAUUAUUAAAUCCGGCUCACAUUUUGCAUAGGGAAUCAGCCAUUAACGAAAGGUAUGCCGCCCCUCAACCAACUUCAGUAGCACUUAACGGUUUGUAUAGGGCGCCGCCACCUUCAGUGGAAGGCUUUGCUGGCGCACCUAAUAUUUCUUCGGUUCGAGGCACUGCCCCUGCCGAUCUUUAUCAGUUUGCUGAUUCAAUUGCUGAGAGCGUAUCGCGUGGUGCUGGUGCUGGCGCAGCCGUUUCCUCGGCUGUCCCUGCGUAUUUUUACCCGCGAUGAUAUGAUAUGAUAUGAUAUGAUAUGGUACGACUGCUGGCAGAUAUCUUAGGCUGAAUUCUGUUCUUGUAAGGUUAUGAAUAUGAAUUGAGCAAAUUUUUAAUUUAGAAUUACAGUGAAUUUUUGAAAGAAUUCAUGCAUGCAUCCAAU